CCCUAUUUCUUUCUUCUCCUCCCAAAUAUUCUGAUUUCGAGAUUUGAAAGCAGCACUCUCCGCUUUUUUCAAAGGACACACGAUAGCAGUGUAUCAUCAUUUUAAUUUGUAACCUUUGUCGUUUCACCGGAAUAUUUGAUCUCCCAGCCGGACGGACCAUGAAGUUCUGGAAGAUCCUCAGCAGCCUGAUCGAGCAGACUUUGCCCGAUUGGCAGGAUAAGUUCUUGUCCUACAAAGACUUGAAGAAACAGCUGAAGCUUAUAUGCCCGAAAGAUGGCGACGUUCCAUCCACCAAACGCCCAAAAUUGGACGGCGAGGCGGAGCUCACCAAGGAGGUCAAUGAUUUCCUCAAGCUUCUGGAGGUCGAGAUAGACAAGUUUAACUCCUUUUUUGUUGAGAAGGAGGAAGAAUAUGUCAUCAAAUUGAAGGAGUUGCAAGAUAGAGUUUCUAGGGCCAAGCAUUCAAAUGAAGAAUUGGUGACAGUAGGCAGGGAAAUAGUAGAUUUUCAUGGAGAGAUGGUUUUGUUAGAGAACUACAGUGCACUGAAUUACACAGGUCUGGUGAAGAUAAUAAAGAAAUAUGAUAAGCGGACUGGUGCAUUAGUUCGCUUGCCUUUUAUCCAAGAGGUCUUGAACCAGCCCUUCUUCAAAAUCGAUGUGCUUGACAAGCUUGUAAAGGAGUGUGAGGUGAUGCUAAGUAAUAUUUUCCCCAAAAGUGAGGCUCCCGGCGAAUCCUCUUCUUCCAGGGAGGAAGAUGGGUGUGGUUCCAUGACAGGGAUUGGGAACGAAAAUAAAGAGGCACUGAAGCAGGUACCUAAGGAACUUGCUGAAAUUGAGCACAUGGAGAAUAUGUAUACCAAGCUAACUUUACAAGCCCUCCGGACUUUAGAUGAGAUUCGUGGUGGAAGCUCUACUGUGAGCAUCUUCUCCUUGCCUCCACUGCACCAAAAGUUUUUGGAAGAGGAUUGGAAGAAAAUAAUUGCACUAGAACAAGAAGCCAAGUAAAUUUAACGAACAUGGGAUUGUUGUUGGCUCUUCAACUCCUAUCUUUUCUGUUAAUGCAUUGGUCAACGAGUUUUCUAUGUCAACAACCUGCUCAAAAUGAAAUUUGGAUAAACAAGCAUUGUUGCCGGUUGCCACAAUCAAGACGUUAACAUAUAUUCCUGUCGGAGGUUCCGUUUGAAAUUGUUAGUUUGUAAGGAUGUUAAUGUAUGCUUGGCACUUUUUGUAAUGUUUUGUUUUUUGGGUGAUUGACUUCUUGUAAUGCUUGCUAAUUUUGGGGGUAUUGUCCUUAAUUGGAGACAGCUGGUAAAUAUCCUUAUUUAUUAGAAAGUAAAUAAGAAUAUGGAUGCGCUCGUAUCUCAUUUUCAUA